AUGGAGUACAAACAUUUCAGCCAUCCACACACUCUAAAACUCCAACAGAUUCAUACAGAUAAAGACUCCGAUUCUUCGGUAAUCUGCUCAGGCUGCGAAUUAGCCAUCUCUGACUCCGAAACCGCGUAUAUAUGUCCAACAUGUGACUUCAAUCUCCAUGAGGAAUGUGGUAACGCAGCGCGUGGGAUGCAACAUCCUUCCCACGCGGGGCUUCACCACUUGACUCUAGUCCCUUACACAACUUACAGCGCCGGUACCUUUCUCUGCAGCGCAUGUGGCUGCACUGGAGGUAAAGGUUUCUCUUACUGUUGUCCUAUGUGUGACUUUGAUCUCCAUGUUCAAUGCGCGCAUUUGCCUCAAGUCAUGGUUCAUGAGUCUCAUCCUUUCCAUAGUCUUCUUCUUGUUUACAACAGUACUCCUCCUGCUAUGCCUUUUACUUCGUUUGGUUACGCGAAUCAGCUUGUCUGCAAUCUCUGUAAUUUGAACAUGGAUGGUAGGUUUUGGUCUUAUAACUGUUAUGCUUGUAACUAUCAUAUUCAUGCUUCAUGUGCUGUGAAUAAGCCUAAGCCAGUGGCUACUUUUGCUGCUGAAAAGUGUGAGACGAGUGAAGGAAAGGCAGCGAACGCUGAAUCUGUUCCUGGUCAGGGUUUGGAGACUGACCAGACGCAACAAGCAGCUGCAACAAUAGAGCAAGUGGAAGAUCCGGCUUUAAGGCAACAGCUUGAACUCCAGCAGCUCCAGCUUGAGCUAGAUAUGAGUUCAGCUCUCGCAAACAUGAUAGGUUCCUUCAACCUCAGUUCUUUAGUUUAA